AGCCCCACGUGGAGGGAGCUGGGGCGGGGGUCCUCUCGCCCCUGCGGGGUCUCGCCCCUGCUCCCUGGAGAGGGAGCCGGCAUCGUCACCCCCCUCGCGCAGGCGGGGAAACUGAGGCACAGAGCGAGUCAGGGGCCGGGCCAGGGCUGGAGCCCGAGCGCCCGGCCAGCUCUGCCCGGUCCCAUCGGGGCUCGGCCCUCAGCCGUGCUGCCCUUUCCCGCAUGGCGCUGUGGCUGGGCACCUCAGGGACAGGCACGGGACCGGUUCGUGGGGAAGCAGUUCCCCUCCGCCGCAGCAGUGCUGCGGCCUAGUAGUGCAGAGCCCGUGUCUCUCCCCUCCCGGGGGGUCUUUGUGCCUGGAGGUGGGAGAGGCCCUUUCUCUUAGCGGUCAGAUGGUGGCAGGAACAGCUUCCAUGACAUCAGGAGCUUGUGAGCGGCUACAGGACAAAAAUGUUUCACUUAAGGACUUGUGCUGCUAAAUUGAGGCCGUUGACGGCCUCACAGACUGUUAAGACAAUUUCUCAACACAAGCCGGCAGCACCACGGACGUUUCAACAAAUCAGGUGCUACAGUGCACCUGUUGCUGCUGAGCCAUUUUUGAGUGGGACUAGUUCGAACUAUGUGGAGGAAAUGUACUAUGCUUGGCUGGAAAAUCCCAAAAGUGUACAUAAGUCAUGGGACAUAUUCUUUCGCAAUGCCAAUGCUGGAGCUGCUCCAGGUACUGCUUACCAAAGCCCCCCUCCACUGAGCACCAGCCUGUCUGCACUGACGCAAGCACAGUCCCUGGUUCAAGCACAGCCAAAUGUAGAUAAACUAGUGGACGACCAUCUUGCAGUGCAAUCUCUUAUCAGGGCAUAUCAGGUCAGGGGUCACCACAUUGCAAAGCUUGAUCCUCUCGGCAUUAGUUGUGUAAAUUUUGAUGAUGCACCAGUAACUGUUUCUCCAAACGUCGGGUUUUAUGGACUGGAUGAAUCGGAUCUUGACAAGGUCUUCCACUUGCCCACGACCACUUUCAUUGGAGGCAAUGAGUCGGCUCUUCCACUCCGCGAGAUCAUCCGCCGACUGGAGAUGGCUUACUGCCAGCACGUUGGCGUGGAGUUCAUGUUUAUCAAUGACCUGGAGCAAUGUCAGUGGAUACGGCGGAAAUUUGAGACUCCAGGUAUCAUGCAGUUCACCACUGAUGAGAAACGCACCCUACUGGCAAGGCUGGUGCGCUCAACAAGGUUUGAGGAGUUCCUCCAUCGGAAAUGGUCUUCGGAGAAGCGUUUUGGCUUGGAAGGUUGCGAGGUGCUUAUCCCAGCCUUAAAGACUAUCAUUGACAAGUCAAGUGAGAAUGGAGUGGAUUAUGUUAUCAUGGGGAUGCCACACAGAGGGCGUCUGAAUGUUCUCGCCAACGUGAUCAGGAAGGAGUUGGAGCAGAUCUUCUGUCAGUUUGAUUCCAAGCUGGAGGCUGCUGAUGAGGGCUCGGGAGACGUGAAGUACCACUUGGGAAUGUACCACCGGAGGAUUAACCGCGUCACUGAGAGGAACAUCACCCUCUCCUUGGUGGCAAACCCAUCUCACUUGGAGGCUGCAGAUCCAGUGGUUAUGGGCAAGACGAAGGCAGAGCAGUUUUAUUGUGGGGACACUAAAGGAAAGAAGGUGAUGUCCAUUCUCUUGCACGGAGAUGCAGCUUUUGCCGGGCAGGGUAUAGUGUAUGAGACGUUCCAUUUGAGCGACUUGCCAUCCUACACUACGCAUGGGACAGUUCACGUGGUUGUGAACAACCAGAUUGGAUUCACUACAGACCCUCGUAUGGCCCGUUCCUCUCCGUACCCAACCGACGUUGCCCGGGUGGUGAAUGCACCUAUUUUCCAUGUCAAUGCGGAUGACCCAGAGGCAGUGGUGUAUGUGUGCAAUGUAGCAGCAGAAUGGAGAAGCACUUUCCACAAGGAUGUGGUGGUUGACUUGGUGUGUUACAGGCGGAAUGGUCAUAACGAGAUGGACGAACCCAUGUUCACCCAGCCGUUGAUGUACAAGCAGAUCCGGAAGCAGAAACCUGUGCUGCAAAAAUACGCCGAGAUGUUAAUUUCGGAGGGGGUGGUAAAUCAGCCGGAGUAUGAGGAGGAAAUUUCCAAGUAUGAUAGGAUCUGUGAAGAGGCCCAUGCCAGAUCCAAGGAUGAAAAAAUCCUGCACAUCAAGCACUGGCUGGAUUCCCCCUGGCCUGGUUUCUUCACUCUUGAGGGCCAGCCCCGGAGCAUGACCUGUCCCUCUACUGGUCUGAAUGAAGAAGACUUGGCCCAUAUAGGCAAGGUGGCCAGCUCAGUGCCUGUUGAGGAUUUCACAAUUCAUGGAGGUUUGAGCCGGAUUCUGAAAACCCGCUGGGAAUUGGUUAAGAACAGGACAGUAGACUGGGCAUUAGCAGAGUACAUGGCAUUUGGCUCCCUCCUCAAAGAGGGAAUCCACAUCCGACUGAGUGGCCAGGAUGUCGAGAGGGGGACAUUCAGCCAUCGUCACCAUGUCCUGCAUGACCAGAAUGUAGACAAGAGGACCUGCAUCCCCAUGAACCACCUCUGGCCAAACCAGGCUCCUUACACUGUCUGCAACAGCUCCCUGUCGGAGUAUGGAGUCCUAGGUUUCGAGCUGGGCUUUGCUAUGGCCAGUCCCAAUGCCUUAGUGCUGUGGGAGGCCCAGUUCGGUGACUUCCACAACACUGCUCAAUGCAUCAUUGACCAGUUCAUCUGCCCCGGCCAGGCCAAGUGGGUGAGACAGAAUGGCAUCGUGCUGCUGCUGCCCCAUGGCAUGGAGGGCAUGGGUCCCGAGCACUCGUCAGCCAGGCCAGAGCGAUUCCUGCAGAUGUGCAACGACGAUCCAGAUGUCUUCCCCAAACUCGAUGACUUUGACGUACGCCAGCUGUACGACUGUAACUGGAUCGUUGUGAACUGCUCCACUCCAGCAAACUUCUUCCACGUCCUGCGGAGGCAGAUACACCUCCCGUUCCGGAAACCGCUGAUCAUCUUCACUCCAAAGUCACUGCUGCGCCACCCUGAAGCCCGCUCCAGCUUUGAUGAUAUGUUGCCAGGCACUAAUUUCCUGCGCGUAAUUCCUGAGAGCGGCCCUGCAGCCCAGAACCCCGACAACGUCAAGAGGGUGCUCUUCUGCACUGGCAAAGUGUAUUAUGAGCUCACCCGGGAGCGCAAGGCCCGGGACAUGGAGCCAGACGUGGCCAUCACCAGGGUGGAGCAGCUGUCCCCGUUCCCCUUUGACCUCCUCCAGAGGGAAGCACUGAAGUACCCCAACGCCGAGCUGGCCUGGUGCCAGGAGGAGCACAAGAACCAGGGCUACUACGACUACGUGAAACCCCGGCUCCGCACGACUAUCGACCGUGCCAAACCCGUGUGGUACGCCGGCCGCGACCCAGCUGCUGCACCAGCCACUGGCAACAAGAAGACCCACCUGACUGAGCUCCAGCGCUUCCUGGACAUUGCCUUCAACCUGGAUGCCUACAAGGGCUUCUCCUAGAUCCCACGUGGCUGCUGCAGCACGCUCUGUCUGUCUCUUGCUCACCUCCUGUCUCCGUCCUUAACUACAGACCUUGUAAACUAAACACCCGUGCCUGGAGUCCUUGUUCAUCGCUCUGGAUUGUUGCCUUUCACUAAAAUCCCUCUGCAGGA